ACUGCAGUGACAUGACGUGACAGGCGGAGGUCAGGGGGUAUAUAUACAAGGCUGGUGUUGACGAUAGCUACACUUCCCCAUCAUGUCGAACACUGUGUUGCUAGCACUGACUCUCUGCCUCGUCGUAUCCUUAACGUCGGGGUUCCUCUUCAACAACAACUGUGGCCGGGGAUGUCGAUUUUGCACGGGACAGUUGGGGUGUACUAGCUGUGAAGCUCAGUUUUGUUUGAAGCGUGUUAACAGGUUUGGCGUGUGCUUAAGGGGCUGUGGUGUCGGGGCCUUCUGUAAUCCCGUCGGCUACUGUAACGACUGUACCGAUUCCCACUGUGACGUGUGUACCGCCAGGAAUCAGUGUACCCGCUGCAAGAGUGGGUACACGCUACAGAACGGCCGCUACUGCUACCGCCGGUUCGGAGGUUGAUCACGUGGGGAGCCACGCCCAUCUCCACCCAGGCACUCAACUCAGCUCUACCCUGCUUCUUGUAGGGGGUGACAUGCGCUCAGCCCCACCGUCAAUUGUCCCAGGAUUGUUCUGUUGUCAUGCCGGUGGAAGUGGAAAUCUAUGUCAAUUCUGUCUUUAUAUGUUAUUAAAUGUUUUACCAUCAUA